GCCGUGCGGGUGGGCAACCUGCCCCGUCCCCCAGGGUGCUCACGCGUUGGGCGGGCGUUGCCUCCUUCGCCCAGCGCCCCGGCCCGCCCAUCCCGUGCCGCCAGCAUCACGCACCCGAGCGCGCGGCCCGCACCUAUACAUCUAUGUACUUCCCAGCUCGCCGGCAGAUACAAUGGCCGCACGCCGAUCGAAAAUUCAGACACACACUCGCAAGAAGGCAGCGCGGGCGCGCGACGCACCGCCCACCGGCGCGAAAGGCGGCCCGGGAGGUGGUGGAGGCGCCGACAUGGGCCGGAUCCCAUGCUGCGAGAAGGAGAACGUGAAGCGCGGGCAGUGGACGGACGAGGAGGAGGACAAGCUGCUCUCCUACAUCAUGCAGUACGGCGCGCGCAACUGGCGUCUCAUCCCCAAGAACGCCGGGCUGCAGCGGUGCUGGAGGAGCUGCCGGCUGCGGUGGGCCAACUACCUGCGGCUCAAGCUCAAGCACGGCGAGAUCACUGACGCCGAGGAGCAGUGCAUCAUCAAGCUGCACUCCGUACUGAGCGACAGGUGGGCGGUGAUCGCGGCCCAGCUGCCGGGGCGGACGAGCUGGGACGUCAAGAACCACUGGAACAUCAAGCUCAAGAAGAAGCUGUCCGGGAUGGAGACACCCCGUGGGGCAGCGGCGUUGCAGGAGCAGCAGCGGCGGACCCUAGUUUUUUUUUUUAACGAAAGCGCGGCCUCUAAUCUCCGACGGAACCGACGAGGUGCAGGAGGUAGCACAUCCGGUGCAACAACAGCCUGAACUAAUGGGCAGACGCCGCCGCCAAAAGCUUCUGCCGGGCGAAGCCCGCGCGGAUCUGGCGGCGGCGGGCCGUCUUUCCUCGUGCAGACCGCUCGCGGGCCGGGGGAGCUCCGUGGGGCGGCGGGCGGCGCGGCGUAACUCCGGCGUGCGUCGCUUCUGCUGAUUGUGGUUGGAGACAGUGGGGCGGAUGCGUUCGCGGCUCCCUUCCGCUGGCCUUCCCCGAAUCAGCGUCUCCCUACUGUGUUGGCGACCGGUGGGCGUCGGGGAUGGCUGCUGGUUGCGGCUCAGAUGUGUCCAGCGGAGGGCGCUGUGAGGCGCGGGGUGGUGGUGCUCGCCCUUCCCCGAGGCGCCGCCGUCCGCUCUGGCUUGUGGUUCUGCCUUCUGGCGGCGCUGGCGUGGGCGGCGCGCCUGUCGGCUUCGGCUUGGCCCGAUCCGGUGGGGAGCGGCGGGGGGCAAGUUGGAUCCUGCCGGAUCUGGCCUGCGGCGACCCGGAUUUGGUCAUGUGUGGCGAUGGGGCUGCAGUGACCCUUCUCUGUGGUGGUGCAGGGAGCGGUGCUACGAGAUCAAUUUGAUGCUUAUUGGAGGUGGUCUGCUCAUUUGGGCGAAAGCCCUGCUCCUGCCGGAGCCGGCGCCGGCGACGCCUGCGGGCGCCGCUAACCUCCUUGGAGGCGGCGCUGUCAUGGUGACUACUCCUUCACAUCCCAGGGGAAACCCAUGUUCCAAGUCCAUCUGGAACGGACGAUGGCGGCGGUCAUCGUGUCGCAUCCCUUCUUGAAGUCAUCGUCUGGGGUAGGCUCGGUUGGUCUCUGUGGUGGCUGCUCGCUGCGGGUUUGACGGUUGUGGUGGUGCGGCCGGCUUGGCGUUGAUGGUGGUUUGCGCUUUGUUGGCGAGGAGGUGGUGCUCUGUAUGCGAGAUCAUGGCUCAGCCUUGCUCUGGAUUGGUUCUGAUUUUCAUCCGAAGCCAGGUUAGCGGGGUCGUUAUCCUACUCAAUGGAUCACCUCGUUCCCAUAUGACACCUCUACCUCUGCUGGGUGUUGUUGGAUGGCGACCAGACGACCAACGUUCAAGGCUCUCCUUACUUGGUCAGAUGAAGAUGUAAGUUGAGGUCCUCCUCCUGGCAGGUUGUGCUGAUGAGAUUUGUGAUGGCGGUCGGUGGUGUUGGUGCGUCCAGCUUCGGAUCGUUGAAAGGCCUUCUUCUCCCUGUGUGCCCUUUUCUCGGCGGGUCUUCCGAUGGUUCUGUUGGAUGUGUGUGUGUGUUUUGGUUGCAUCUCUUCUCUUGUUUUCCCUGUGUACUCUGGUUCAUUUGAACCUAUCUUGUAUGGAGCCGCGAGGCUUCUAGGAAAAUUCGAUUGAAUAUAUUCAGGUGGGGAUCCUCCCCCCCCCCCUCCCCCCCCGGGUGACCAUUCGAAAAAAAAAAUUGCAACUCUCACGGUCAAGUCUAAGUAGCUCGCUGGGUAGUUUAACACAGUUUUGGUUUCCAUGGGCAGUCUUACAAUUUAAAAUAUACUUUUACUAGUUUCCAAGACAUGAUACGUUUGGCCUGUUGCGUUCCUUGAGAUGUUAUAUUUGAAAGAAUAUCGGUUGCA